CUCAGCACUAGCCUUUUCAUUCCCUCUGUUUGUUUCUCUCGGUUUAGGAACUCCAGCUACUUUCUCAUUCUUUCUACAUAAUGAUGAUGAGGGAUAGUGAGGUUAAGAUAAUGUGGGUAGUGGGUGCAAUAGCAGCAGUAUUCUUGGUGUGUAUGAGUAGUAUAGAUGAAGUAGAAGCUCAACCUCAAGUACCAUGUUACUUCAUAUUUGGAGAUUCCUUAGUUGAUAAUGGAAACAACAAUAGAAUGGCUUCACUUGCUAGAGCAAAUUAUUUACCUUAUGGAAUUGAUUUCGCUGGCGGACCUACCGGAAGGUUUUGUAAUGGAAAGACUACCACUGAUGUUAUUGCUGAAUUGCUAGGAUUUGAUGAUUACAUUCCACCAUAUGCAAGCACAAGAGGCCGAGCUAUUCUCGGUGGACUUAAUUAUGCAUCCGCAGCUGCUGGUAUAAGGGAUGAAACUGGUCAACAACUGGGUGGCCGAACAAGUAUGAAUGGUCAAGUAAAUAACUACAAAAAUACAGUCUCACAGAUUGUAAAUAUACUUGGAGAUGAGGAUUCAGCAGCAGAUUACCUAAGUAGGUGUAUCUAUACGGUUGGAAUGGGAAGCAAUGAUUACCUCAACAACUACUUCAUGACUGCCUAUUACACAACAAGUCGUCGUUACACCCCUCAACAAUAUGCUGAUGUUCUUGCUCAACAAUAUUCACAGCAACUCAGGACUUUGUACAAUUAUGGAGCAAGAAAGGUGGCAGUGAUCGGUGUGGGUCAUGUAGGUUGUAGUCCAAAUGAAUUAGCUCAAAACAGUGCUAAUGGUGUCCAGUGUGUCCAAAAAAUCAACGAUGCGAAUGACAUGUUCAAUGCAAGACUGAGAUCUCUCGUCGAUGACUUUAACCGUAACCUGGCUGGUGCUAAGUUUAUUUACAUAAAUGCUGCUGGAGUUUUCAACGACAUACUGACGAAUCCCUCGCGUUAUGGUUUUACUAAUACAAAUUCAGGGUGUUGUGGGGUUGGGAGGAACAACGGUCAAAUUACUUGUCUACCUUAUCAAACUCCUUGCCAGAAUAGGGAUGAAUAUGUGUUCUGGGAUGCUUUCCAUCCGAGUGAGGCUGCAAACUUGAUCAUUGGAAAACGAGCUUACGCUGCUGAAACUCCAUCUGAUGCUUAUCCAUAUGACAUUAGGCAAUUAGCGCAGGUCUAAGCUGGGGAUGAUCAUAAUAAUGAUGCCGACUAGCAAAUAUUUUACAACCAUGCAAUAUUUCAGAUUGUUAUCUAUAUAUCUACAUUACUGCUUUUGUUAUGUCAAUUCUUUUUUAUGUACGCCAUCAUUGUAAAGGAUGCGAAGUUAUCAAUGGAAAGAAGUUUAACUAUUGUAUCCAUAA